AUGGCAGCUCCCUCUGGAUCGGCUUUGUUCAAAAAGAAAGAUGGCAUUCUCACAGUUUCAAAAGACCACAAGUCGAUAUCAUGGAUUCCAGCGGCUGGGGGUGCUGGAGGUGCGGUCACGGUGGCUGUCCAGAACAUGACCAACCUACAGCAGACCCCCGCAAGUAAUCCAAAGGUUAUGCUGAAGAUUUUUGCACAGCAGAAUGAUACACAGGAACAAUACGUUUUCACUUUUACGUCUGCCACCAACGCCCGUGCCGAAGCCGAUGCCAUCAAAGAUGUUCUCAGCGCAGCAAUCACGGCGGCCAAGGCUGCUUCUGCUCCGGCGCCGGCUGCGGGUGCCCCGAGUGGUGAAGGACUUUCUGCUGCGAUGGCCAUGGCGAACGCGAUUUCAUCUCCUGGGACGGGUCCAUCUGCAUGGGAUAAUGAUGACAAGUUGAAGGCAAAUGCCGAGUUACAACAGUCCCUUCUCAAGUCCGAUGCAAAUCUGCAGCGAAUGUUUAUGGAGUCUCUCCGUACACGGCCGGAAACCCUGUCUGUCAGCCAAUUUGCGUCUCAGUUUUGGUCGAGCCGAGUCCAUCUGCUAAGGGCACAUGCAAUAGAGAGAACGCAGACGCGCGGCUCGUAUAAUGUCCUGUCAUCCUUGAAACCGCGUACAGACAACAACGUCACGAAACUCAACAUCACAAAGGAGCAGAUUCAAUUGAUUUUCACUCAACACCCGCUAGUGAAGAAAGUUUACGAUGAGAAUGUGCCCAAGUUGAGUGAGCAACAGUUCUGGUCACGGUUCUUCCAGAGCCGUCUGUUCAAGAAACUGCGAGGAGAACGCAUAUCAGAGUCCGACGCUACGGAUGCUAUUUUGGAUAAGUAUCUCAAAGUCGACGAACAUGCCGACCGGGUCAGCAACGCUCAGGUGCCUCAUUUUAUCGACCUUGCUGGGAACGAGGUCAACCACAGUCAACGACAGGGAAAUCGCCCAGAUUUUGACAUGCGACCUGCUUCUAUUGAGAAGGUCCCUAUAAUCCGCACCCUGAACGCGCUUAGUGAGAAGAUCAUGGCCAACGUAGCCCCGGCUGACGGUGACCCUUCUGCGCCGAUUGGAAUGGAUGAAGAAACAUACAACCAAUUGCUAUUACGGGAUCUCAAGGGUGAGGAAGAACAGAGCCGUAUAUAUCUUAAUAUUCGUGACCAGAGUCGGUUUUUUAGUCGGGAUAAAGAAAAGGAUGGCAAAGAGAAGGAGGCAGUUGCACAACGUGAUCCAAAAGAGAUCAUUGUCUCUCUACAGACAGAUCUGAAUCAAACGUUCCCCGUUGACGGUUCGUAUCAUCUUGGGAAGAUAGUUGAGCCAGAAGAAGAGGAUGACGAGGAAGAAGACGAGAACAAAGCAAGGCAGGUGGUGGGAUCAAAAAUCAACAUGCAGCGAGCCUCGACUGAAAUCUUUGACGUUAUUCGGGAACGAAGAGCGCAAGCAGAUGUUACCUCGGACUCGGGCACUUGGGGUUUAUCAUCUACAUUAUUUGACCGUCUGUCCUUGACGCAUGCAACAUCUACGGAAUUCUUGAACCAAUUCUGGAACGCCUUCCUAUCGGGGAAUCCAGACCGCGCCGGCGAGCUUGCGUCCUUGGUUGAGUCAUUGAACCGGGCAAUAGAACGUAUCAAGGCCGUGGCAGCUGAUGCGGAAGCCGAGAGAGAGCGCGAAACCAACAAGCUCAAGCAGCAUGCUCGUGAAGUAUUCGCCGCAACGGGGAAGAAGAUUCGCAUUAAUCUCGCCGGGGUUGGCGGUGGUGAAAAGGUGGUCAACCAGUUGCUCGGCCCUACUAUAUCGGCUUUGAGUGUGGCUAUCGAUAAGUACAAGCAGGCGCUCGCUGAAGCGACAGCUGCUGACGCCCUUGCUCGGCCGUCGGCUUGA